CAGCCCCAUCUGCUCCCAGCCCAGGGGACUGACCGGGACUGCUCCAGCCCCACCAUGCACAUCACCCAGCUGAACCGGGAAUGCCUCCUGCACCUCUUCUCCUUCCUGGACAAAAACAGCAGGAAAAAUUUAGCAAAAACAUGUCACAAGUUACUAGAAGUGUUUGAGGAUCCUCUGCUGUGGUCUUUGUUGAACUUCCAUUCUCCAGUGGAACUAAAGAAGGAUAAUUUUCUCCUGGGACCUGCUUUAAAAUACUUAUCCAUCUGCUGGUAUUCCGAGAGAGUCAAGGUGUGUAACAUUGAGGACUGGAUGAAAAACAGUUUCCAGAGAGACUUCUGUAACAGGCAUGAGAACACUGUCAGGGAUUUUUUACUACAGGUUUGCAACAGGUGCCCAAACCUGCUGUCCCUGACGCUGUCUGGGUGUGGCCACGUCACAGAUGACUCCAUCCUGCUGCUCCUCAGGAGCUGCCCCAAGCUGAGGACGCUCAAACUGGAGAACUGCGCUCGGAUCACGGACGGGACCCUGCGGGCAGUGACGCUGCACGGGGGGGCCCUGCACACCUUGCACGUGGAUUUCUGCAGGAACAUAACACAGGCUGGGCUGCAGAGGCUCAGGGAACAGCGUCCUGCAGUGACGCUGAGAGCAGACAGAAGUGCCAGCAUGAUCCCAGACAGCCAGCCAGGGAAAAAGCUGAUGCUUGAAAGAGCAUCAAGAAAGCUGGUUCAGCUGUAGGAGCAGCAGAUUGUAGGGUGGGUAUCACCAGGGGGGGUAUUUCACCUCACCUGAGCUCUCCUCUCAGGGGCAAUGAACUGUGGCACUUCCCUGCCUU